UAGUGGCCGGGGUUGUCAGGGGGGUUGACGUCAAACAUUUCAAGGUGUCACUCGCCCCACGACACGGCAUCGCAAGUCGACCGGGUAUAAAGCAGGAAUCAUCCCUCCUCUCGGCAAUCUCCGAAAUGUUACCGACGGGGGUCCUGCUCUUCUUCGUCGUCUCCUGCACCGCCACUGUCAGGCUGCCUUCGUACAUGCGGGCGUGCUCAAGGAACGAUCCGAACCUGAACGAAUGCGCCCUGAAGAAUGGGAGGGCGAUUAUUCCAAAACUUAUACCAGGAGAUCCUAGCAUCCGGCUACCCCCUCUGGACCCUCUGGUCUUGGACAAAGUCGAAAUAAGCCCCACGGGUGCUUCGGGCUCGGUCACGAUGAGGCUGAGAUGCUACAGAUGCCACGUCUACGGAUUGAAGAACGCCCGUCUCCAAGAUGUCAAGCUCAAUCUGAACAAAAGGCAAAUUAACAUCAAACUCAACAUACCCAGGCUGGUGGUGACCGGGAAGUACGACGUGUCCGGCCGCAUCCUCGUAUUGCCGAUAAGCGGAAGAGGAAUUUCAAACAUUACGUUGACGAAUGUCAACGUAGUCGCCGGCCUGGACUGGAAAUCGCUGAAGAGAAAGGGAGAAGAAUACAGCCAGUUCGUGAAGCACAGAGUGACGUUCACGGCCUCUUUGUUGAGAAUCAAUCUGUCGAAUCUUUUCGGCGACCGUCUCUUGAGUGACAAUAUGAAUUUAAUUUUAAACGAAAAUUGGAGAGAAGUCCUGCGAGACCUGGCCCCUUCUAUUUCGGACACUGUCGGCCAUAUAAUAAGGGUGACGCUCAACCAGAUUUUCGACUUGAUUCCCUAUUCUCAGUUUUUCCCAGACACAUAAGCUCGGAUGUGUACAAAAGAACAGUUGUAAAUAUUCUAUAUAACAAAUGUAUAAAGUGUACAAAAUUAUUUUUUAAAUAUAAAUUGUCAGUUCAUUUUUAAUUUUAUUAA